AUGUUGAAAUUCAUUCGUCCAUCCGGAGACUUUUUCAAAUGCAUUAGUAAAAUUGGAUUCACAGCUCCAUCUUCUGGCUUUUCAUCAGAUGAGGAACAAAAGGUUGAACGGCUUUCAGCUUUUGGGACAUAUGUUGGUGAGUGUUUACCCAAGUUUGUACAAAAAGUACAAAUGGGUCAUACUAAGGAGCUUGAAAUUUGUAUUCAUCCUGAUGGGAUUAUUCCGGUCCUUUCAUUUCUAAAGUGUCAUCAUAAUGCUCAAUUCCUGAAUCUCUCCGAUAUAACAGCUGUAGAUAUUCCAUCAAGAAAAUACCGGUUUCAGAUCGUCUACAAUCUUCUGUCUCUGAGAUACAAUUCGAGAAUUCGUGUCUUAACUUAUACGGAUGAGCUUACUCCAAUCGACUCGUCUUGUUCUGUUUUUCAAGCUUCCAACUGGUAUGAAAGAGAAGUAUGGGAUAUGUAUGGUGUGUUUUUCUAUGAUCAUCCUGAUCUCCGUCGAAUCCUUACCGAUUAUGGAUUUCAGGGUCAUCCACAACGAAAAGACUUCCCACUGAGUGGAUUCACUGAGAUGAGGUAUGAUGAAGAGUACAAACGCGUAGUUAUUGAACCUGUUGAACUAGCUCAGGAAUUCAGAAGAUUUGAGUUUAACAGCCCUUGGGAAACUUUUCCGGCUUUUCGAGAUCCUGGGUCACAUGAUAAGAAUUUACUUGAAUCAGCCAAAACGGAAAAGCAAACAGAAGACUCGAAGCCGAAACUCACUCCUAAAUAA